AGAAUCAAAACAGAGGAAGAACAGAACAUAAGAUUUGUCCUGUCUCCGACGACAAACCAGACCUGCGAGACACCCUUGAGAGUUAGAGCGAAAAUGGGUUUCUUCUCGUUUCUUGGGAGAGUUCUCUUCGCUUCUCUAUUCAUCCUCUCAGCUUGGCAAAUGUACAAUGACUUUGGAGCUGAUGGUGGUCCGGCAGCUAAAGAGUUGGCUCCAAAGCUUCAUCUGACCAAAUCACAUCUCUCUUCCAGAUUAGGAGUUACAUUCCCCGACAUUGAGGUGAAACAAGUGGUAUGGGCAAUUGUGGCUCUGAAAGGACUCGGUGGCUUACUCUUUGUUGUUGGCAACAUCUUUGGUGCCUAUCUUCUGGCUUUCUACUUGGUGGUUGUUAGUCCCAUCUUAUAUGAUUUCUACAACUAUGGACCCAAGGACCGCCAAUUCUCUCUUUUGUUGACUGAGUUCUUACAGAGUGUUGCGCUUCUGGGAGCACUGCUAUUCUUUAUCGGAAUGAAGAACUCUACGACGACUUCCUCCUCCAAGCAGAACAUAAACAAGAACCUGAAGAAGAGGACCCUCAAGCCUAAAGCUGCUUAAGAGUUCUUCUUUUCACUACCACACACACAUGAUUUAGAAUAGCUUGUGAUUUCUUCAAACAUUGUUCUUCGUUACAAGUUUUGCUUCUUUUUCUUCUGUAGAACUCUAGAAUUAGCCCCAUUUUGUUUUUUUUUGUUUUUUUUUAACUUUGGGCAUGCACUUCUUGGAUCAUACAAUUACUUCCUGUGAGUUUCAAAUUGGUUAAGCAGA